AUGUGGGAUGUAUAUUUUUCGGACGAUUUCGAGAAAACUGUCACUUAUCAAGUUAUGACGCUAAAACUACGAGUACACUUUGCCAUUUUGCCAAUAAGAAUCAUUGAUCUGCAUCAACACAUAAGCUGCAGAUUCCAUGAAUCCAGUGAAGUGUCAAAAAUUUUGGAAAACGCUGCUCAUCGGUUUAGUUUGACAAAUUGCGAAAUGCUAAAGGAUGUGGAUGGCGAAGAACGCAAGGAUAGUAUGAAACAACUCGAAGAAUUCCUCAACUCUUGCGAUGGACAGAAACUAGCCAGAAUAUCGAAAUGCAGUUCAACAUUAUUCGCCUUGCCAUAUAUUUCCAAUCCAUUUGAGGAUGAAUCCAUGAAAAAUAUCUUCAGCAUCGAAUGGGUGGAAAAUUUAAUUAAAGAUUUAGAAAAAUUUGUGAUCGAUCAGAAACAAACCGCUUUACGCGAGAAUGAGCUCACUUCAACGAAAGAAAAGUUAUUUAAAGUUUACAAGCACUAUAAAAAAUUGAGGUUUAAAUUUCACCAAUUGCACGAAGACUACCAAAAAAUCAACAAAAUCGCCGAAGAAUUAACCGUUGCCCUAGAAAGUUCUGUACAAGGCCAACCAGUACAUUUUGAUACGAUUAUGCAAACUUGCUUAAAAAUCUUUCCCGACAGAUUUCACAGAGAAGUACAGACUGAUUCCGAGGACACAAGUAUAGAUUUGCAAGAGGAGACGAUUAAAGAUAUUUUUAUAAAAAACGAAAAAACAAAUACGGAUCAAAUUUUAGUGCCAGCCAAGUUAUUAGACUAUAAAAAAAUAAAACUACAUUUGCAAUGUGAAAGCGUGAGAGUCAAAGGAUUACUACUUCAAGCUUUACGCCAAAAAAUUACGUUAAACAGUUUGGAGCACAGAAACGAUACCAUAAGCGAGUACGUGAAUAACGAUUUAUUAGGAAUAUGCGGGAAUUUAUCCGAUAGCAACGAAAGCGAUUUAUUAAGCCGGAUUUUGCAACCAAUAGACUCGGGUGACAAUCAAAAUUUCAUUCAACAAUGCACCGCACGCCUUUUGAACGCAGUGGUAUCGUUGAAAAUAGGCCGAAAUUAUUUAACUUCUAGCCCAAUCGCACUGAAUGCGAUAAUAAAAUAUUUGGAUUCGAAACCAGGCGAUUCGAUAACCCUGAACAUGCUGUUGGGCACACUCCAAAAAAUGUCACUGAGAAAGCAGCAAAGAAACUACAUGGUCGAGGCGAAUCUAGUUGAGUGGCUCGUACAUCACUUGAACGAUGAGGAUUUCAGAAAAGACGCGUACAGAUUGGAAUACGCUUGCGCGCUGCUGAUGAACCUGUCGUUGAGGAGCGAAGCUCGACUCCGAGCCUCGCUGAUUGCCCCCUUGCUUGUCUCGACAAUGAUAACUUUGUUGUCCCUAGAUCACGCAUCGAUACUACCAUACGUAAAUGGAGCACUGCAAAAUUUUCUGCUGAACAACGAAGUUAACGAGGAGGCCAAGAAAUUUCACUUUGAAAAGAUUUUGGAGUACCGAUGUACCAAGAGCACCGAUGACACUAGAAAUCACUUUUCUCACACGUUGAGGAUCCACAGGAGGAAGAGCGAGGAGUGUUUAUCGGACGAUGAUGAGUUAUCGGACGAAGACGAUGAAAUAUUCGACGUUUUGGAGAAGCAACUGGAAGAAAAUGACCCCGUCCGAGUCGAGGCUGAUGAAUUUCAAGGUGAUCAACUGUUGGCGCUGUCCUAUGCGCUUUCGGCUUUUCUUUUGCAGUCGACGGAUUUUUUUCACGAAAAAGUCGAACAAAAAUCUACUGUACGCUCCUUCAGUUGUUGCACCGAUGUUUGUUGUAACUCGUUUAGAGAAAGCAAGAUGGCGUAUCUGUGA